GUAAAAUAAUAAUAAUAAUAAUAAAGAAAUUGGGCAUCGAUUAAAUCUCUGAAUUUUUCUAAUUUGCAGUUCUUUAUCUGCAAAUGAGUUCACUGGGGAGCUGCCGGAAAAACUCAUUGGCAAGAUGACCAAAUUGAUUGAUUUAAGGAUAUCUGGCAACAAUUUCUCAGGAAAGAUACCAGAUUUCAUUAGUAAUUUGACCAAAUUGGAGAAAUUGCACAUGAUAGGCAAUUCGAUGGAGGGGCCGAUUCCUUCUGGAAUUUCAGCUUUGACAAUGCUAAUUGAUCUGAGGAUUACUGACUUGAGAGGAGGUAAAUCGGGAUUUCCGCCAUUAGAGAAAAUGGAUUCAUUGAAGAUUUUUAGGAUACUGAGGAAUUGUGCUAUUCAAGGAGCUAUCCCUGCUUAUAUUGGUUUGAUGAAGAAAUUAAAGCAUCUAGACCUCAGCUUUAAUAACUUAAGUGGGGAAAUACCUGCCUCUUUUGUGAAUUUUCAGAAGGUGGAUUACAUUUACCUGACUGCGAACAUGCUUACUGGGAAUAUCCCUCAAUGGAUUUUGAAACGGAACAAGAAUGUGGAUAUCUCUUACAACAAUUUCACAUAUGGAGAAUCAAGCCCUUCACAUUGCCUUCAGGGUAACAUCAAUGCCGCGGAAAGCUACUCCUCAACUGUAGAUGACCUGAAUGAAAUCAGCCCUUGCUUAUUGAAGAACUUUCCUUGUCGCAAUCAACCUUCUAAAUAUACUUUGUUCAUCAACUGCGGUGGUAAAGCUACAAACAUUCGAGAAACAAGGUUUGAAGCAGAUUCAGAAGAAAGAGGUGCUUCACUGAUGUACUUAGGUGAAAAUUGGGCAUUUAGCAGCACUGGGAACUUUAUGGACAACGGUGUUGAUGGUGACAAUUACAUUGCUACAAAUACAUCUACACUCAACAUGCUUGAUUCAGAACUAUAUACAAAAGCCCGCCUUUCCCCUCUUUCUCUUACAUACUAUGGCCUUUGUAUGUUAAAGGGCAGCUACACCGUACAACUCCACUUUGCAGAAAUAGUUUUCACAGAUGAUGAUACAUUUUCCAGUCUGGGAAAGCGCCUGUUUAAUGUACUAAUUCAGGGAGAAAUGGUGCUCGAAAAUUUUGAUAUUGCCAAAGCAGCUGGUGGAACUGGAACGCCAAUUGUGAAAGCCUUUACUGCAAUUGUGGAAGACCAUACCUUAAAGAUCAAACUCUACUGGGCUGGAAAAGGCACAACAGGCAUACCGAGUAGAGGAACAUAUGGUCCUCUCAUCUCAGCUAUUGCUGUGCUGCCUAAUUUUCAUCCUGAGUUUCCUCAAGAAGGAAAACCGGUCUGGAGAGUCAAGGGGAUGCCAGUCUUACUUGGUGUUGCAGCUUUGAGUUUGGUGUUAUUCAUGCUGACCUUGGGUAUAGGUAUUUGGUGCGUCAGAAAGGGCCGAGAAAGGGAAGCUUUGUACACAGAGCUAAGACUUGAUCAUCUGCAAGCUGGUCCCUUCACAUUGAAACAAAUUAAGAUAGCGACAAAUAACUUCGAUCCACUGAACAAGAUUGGGGAAGGUGGUUUUGGCACUGUUUACAAAGGUACUCUAUCAGAUGGAACAAUAAUUGCUGUGAAGCAGCUUUCUUCAAGGUCUAAGCAAGGGAACCGAGAAUUUGUGAAUGAAAUAGGUUUAAUUUCUACAUUACAACAUCCAAACCUUGUGAGGCUUUAUGGAUGUUGCACAGAAGGAAAUCAGUUAUUGCUGAUUUAUGAAUAUAUGGAAAAUAAUAGCCUUGCACAUGCUCUAUUUGGUUACCAACCGCGAACAGUACUGAAGUUAAAUUGGCCAACAAGGCAGAAGAUUUACCUUGGAAUAGCCAAAGGAUUGGCAUACCUCCAUAAUGCAUCCAGGCUAAAGAUUGUUCACAGAGAUAUUAAGGCUAGCAAUGUGUUGCUUGACAGAGAUCUUAAUGCAAAAAUAUCUGAUUUUGGUUUGGCUAAGCUUGGUGAAGAUGGACGCAGCCAUAUCAGCACUAGAGUGGCUGGAACAAUAGGCUACAUGGCUCCGGAAUACGCAAUGCGAGGCUAUUUGACUGACAAAGCAGAUGUUUACAGCUUUGGGGUAGUUGGUUUGGAGAUUGUCAGUGGGAUGAGCAGCACAAGUUACAGGCCCAUGGAAAAUUUUGGUUAUUUGCUUGAUUGGGCUUAUGAUCUUCAAGAGAAAGGGACUAUUCUAGCGUUGAUGGAUCCUAACCUGGAAAAGGAGUAUCCUGAGGAAGAGGCAAUGCUGAUGAUAAAUGUGGCUCUAGUGUGUCUCAAUGCAUCACCAACACUCAGGCCUAGAAUGGCCGAUGUAGUGAGUAUGCUCGAAGGGCACAAGUCAGUUCAGCCUCUGCUUUCUACCCUGAGAUUCUCAACCAUUGGAACAAGUUCUUUUGGAAGUGGAAGAAAUUCCUGGCACUAUCCGGCCGGAGCUCUGGCAAUUAAUGAAAUGAGAGAGUUUUAUUCAGCCCUCGACGAUGAUGAGGUUAUGGAAAUCAGCAGUAUAUCAGGCUGAUUGUGGCAUCCAAGGUCAGAAAUUCCAUAGAGAUAACUGAAAUGUUGUGAAUAUUGAACCUUUAUCUAUAGUUACAUAGAAAUGUUCAUUAACAGAAACCAGAAUGGUGGAAGAAAGCCUAUCAUGCAAUUUUAGUUUAAAAAUAAAAAAAUAAAAACAAUGUAUAUAUGCUUUGUUUUGCUGCA